UCUAAUGACAUCCAGAAGGUACGAAAGCACUUCUCUGAGAUUGAGACUGAUGAAGGCAAAGAAAAAGAAGAUAAAGACUUUUUAGGCCCGGCCCUAGAGCUAGAUCAUAGAGGGCAACUCGCUAUCAAGGAGCAUGGAACACAGGAUAAAGAAGGGUCAGAACCUGGAUCGGACUUGGAGCAUCUGCUCGGUCUCUUGCUCUAA